CCCGCUUGGCGAUAUGACGCUUUCCUGCAUUUUCUAUGAAUUUUUUGUGAAUUCCCAGUAAAAAGCUAGCGAUUUAUAUAGUGACGAAUGAAUGAUUUAUUGAUUCGAAACUAAAUUGUUCACCUAGAUGCUUGAUCCUCGUUGUCAUGGACUGACAGUGGUCAGGGAAGAAUUGAAGAGCUGCUGACAAACACUUGUGAGUUUUCCUGGAAUUGCAUACCAGCCAGCCCAAGAUGUCGCCUGGUCCUGGACUUCUAGUCAAGUCCACCAUUGAGGUCCCUACACCAAAUGGGCACUACAAGAUUCAGCUCCUUGUUGGAGAUAUCACAGCUUUACCACUUCAAGACAAAGUGGACAUUAUCAUGGUGUCUGCUUUCCCAGGUGACUAUUCCCCAACACCAACCUCGCUGAUUGGAGCACUUAUGAGGAACCUGAACAUUAGGGUUCGUGACCUUGCUAAGAACAAGAUGGAGGAUUUGAGACGCAACUUCCAUUGCUGGUUGUCCCACGACCUCCCUCCGUCACUACCCUACAGAAGAUUGCUGUGUUUCGAGAAGGCAUUCACAGAGAUUUCUCAUCCAGCGGCACUUGUUGGCGAUGUGUUCAGGGCGUUAGUGCCCACCUUUAAGAAUGACGAGAGUACUGUCAUCACCCCAAUCUUAGCCUCUGGAGAUCAGAAUUUUGACAUGAAGACCAUGUUGAAAGCCAUGGUGAAUGCUGCAGGCCACUGGAUGCAGGCUGGUCUCCCUCUCGAAUGCCUCAAAAUAGUCAUCUACUCUCCCAACCCUCAGAAUGCUAAAACCGAUCCAACUCUGCUGCAGCAGUUUGAGAAACUCAAGAAAAAAUGGGAAGCAAGCAAGUCGGCUUUGAAAGACAUCUCAGAGAUCAAGUACGACGUCUACCUGUCGUACAGCAUCCAAGAUAUGGGCUAUGUCAAGAAGAUUGAGGAGCAACUGAAGAAACAGAAGGAUGAUAUUCGUAUCUUCUCUGAGAAACAGCAGUUGAACUUGGAGUCUGCCUGGCAGGAAAACAUUUACCAGGUCAUGGUCACUUGUGUUAGAGUCGUGACGAUCCUGAGUCCUCAUUAUCUUGAGUCCAGUGAAUGUUUAGAGCAGUACAAUAUUGCCCUGUGCUGUAAUAGACUGACAAAACGGGAUAUCCUAGCACCUUUCUAUGUGGUACAAGUCCCUCAGCUUCCCACCUACAUGCAGCUCAUGCAGUACAUUUGCUUCAGAACAAGGACAAUUGUCGUUGACGGUGACUCUUCUAUCCUCAGUGUGACCAGAGAAGAGAAAUUUGAAGAAAAGCUAAAAGGAUCAUGCAAGAAGUUCAUCAAGCUUCUCACUCACGACCAGGCCCUCGAACAUCGUGUAUCAGACACUUUCGUAGCAUAUGACGUGUUCAUAUCUUAUGCUCACAAGAAUGUCAAGAAGGCAGAGAACUUCCUUAAUUUGCUGACUCGACUCAAUCCACAUUUAAAGAUUUUCUUUGACACGAAGGAGCUCCGAACAGGCAGCUCUUGGCAGCAGUCUUUGUACUCGGCAAUGGAUGGCAGCAAAGUAGUGAUAGCACUCCUCUCGUCUCACUACCUCUCAUCACAAGUCUGUGGCGAGGAAUACAACCUGGCACUAAUUCAGCACAUGACACAGAGAACUGAAAUCAUACCAGUGUUGAUUGAAGAAGUUGACAAGAUGCCACGAUCGUUUACAUUUGUUCCUAUCAUCAGUGGCGUGGAGAAGUUUGACAACGUGGCUAAUAAAGUCUGCCAAUCCAUUGAUGCGUACUUCCAGUUCAAGAAGAAACUAGAGGUGUUCUCACCUGCAGAGGAAAUAGUCGACGUUGAUGAAAUCUUGGAGCAGCACCGACAGGAGUUUUUUGGGAAGCAUUUUAAGAUAACCCACAACAAAAUCGAGAAAACCAAACCGACUUGUCCACAACGCAUAAAACUGCCAAGUAAAAGUAUGGAGGAGUGUAUCAACGACCCAUUGGACUUAAAUGUUGGACAUGAUGUUGUAUUCUCAUUUGUGCAAAGUGACAAAAAAUUUGCACAGUUCAUGAGCCGAUAUCUGCUUAGGAGGAACCCGGAUUUGAACAUUAGCAUUGAAUCAGAAUCUGAACAGAAAAAAAUGAUAGAGCUUGAUGCCGCUCGUCUUGUUGUUGCAUUGAUAUCGCCGCAAUAUCUCCGCAGUCCUCAAGGUCGUGACGAGUUUCAUGUGUCGUUGUGCAAACACCGCGUAACCAAAGGCAAGUCAGUGUUGUAUUCAGUGCAGGUGUCGGGACUUUUACCCAAACCAUCAUUCCCGCUCCUGAUUCCAUGCAAUGUCUCCUGUAAUGAUUACUUUUGGAAGACGAUUCAGUUCUGUGGUGAAAUGGGCACGAACAGUCAUCCAUCGUUACCGAAGAGUCAAGCACUAUGGGAAGUCAUCAAAGAUUCCACGUUCAGCGGGGCAACGAUGUGGACGCAGGACAUGAUGGCAGCGGGUGACGAGAUCAACCUUCAGCUGAAGCAUGCACUGGCACUGACGGUCGCCUGUGAAGACAUUUUGGAUGUGCUCAAUGCUGAGAGCACGGGUUACUCACGAAAUGAAAUCAUCACCAACAUCAUGAAUCUGAAGAACGGAUACCUGACCGAUGAUGUUGUUCCAUUUGAACCAUCAUUUUUGAAGGAGAUCACUGUGCCAGAUCUUCUACCACCAGAGGAGGAAGAGGAUAAUGCAGAACCAUUAAUUGAGACUUUAGACACCCCACCGGAACACACACCACAUCAGGAGCAGCCUAUGAUCAAAACUCGCGUUGGCUCUUCCAUUCCAGAUCUAAAGGAGUCCCUUGUUGAGCCAAGGAAUGAGAGUGAAAGAAUGUCCAAGGCUGGUGAUUUAAUGAGCGAAGCAUCGACACUAACGACAGAGAAACCAUCCGAGACGUCAGUGUUGAGUUCCACAGACAGUGAUGAGGUCUCCUUUGCAACGAGCAAUACUCAAGGCAGCUCCAAGUUUAAAAUUGAGGGAGAUUUGAUAACAGUCACUCAUUUGCAUUAUGAGCCGUCAGGAAAAACUGAGGAGGCACCUAAGGAGACCCUGAAGACGGAUGCCGAGGACAGAAAAAACUAUGUUGAGUCCCCGAAAUUGGAUGCAAGGAGCUCAGGGAAGGUAACAGAUGGAAGGGAGUUUCCUACGGGAAGUAGGGCGUCAACUGCAACUUCAAGAAACAGUGCAAUGUCAAGAGAAACUGUCAGCUCCCAUGGACGUUCUCAGUCCUGUAGUGUUCUUUAAUUUGAUGAUUUACGAUGUGUUCGGCAUUGCAAAAUUACUUGUAUGCAGCUGCAUGUAUCUCUGAGCGAGCAAGGUGUUCGCCUUUGGUGUGUAAGGUUUAUAGACUGUGAAGGAGUUUACCAUAGAUGUAUAUAGAAGGUUAUAGUAUAGUAUAUUAUCCGAGACAGUAUAACCAUGACAAGUGUUUUUAUUCAGAAAGUACAAAAUACGUUGAGAUUCCAUCCAAGAUUGAUUCAUGUAGAACAACUGCUGUAUUAUUGCUUUACACUGACUUACCACCAGCCAUCAUAGCCUUUUUAUGUUGGAAAUAUAUUUUUGUUAAACUUCGUAUUGGGAUAAUGUUCCUAUGUGCAUUCCUGUGCAAUCAUAAGUAUUAUAUUAUUAUUAGUAAUUGAAUUAUACAGGCCUAUUAUGACAGAGGUGGAGUGCAGCACCUUGCUUGUAUUCAAGCAGAUAAAAAAAACCCCAGAGCUGCUGUUGAGAAAGUCUCAAUCGCUCCCGACAUAUUUUACACUUAUACAGUUUUAAAAAGGUGUUAUUUCUAUUUUAGUUUCUUAUCAAUGCGUCAUACCCCAGGUGAUAUGUACGGUCAAACAUAUUGUGUGCCAUGAAACAAAAUACAUUUUGUCUUUAAAAAUUUA